AGGAAGUAGUCCCGUUGCUAAGCAAACUCAAACCGCUGUGAGGCAGAAGAGAAACGCUGGAUCCUGAGUGACAUUGUUUAUGACGCUCAGAAGGCUGAACAAUUUGUUCGCAGAUGUCUCGUGAGUCCUCGCUGAAGAAGAGAGCGGGCUCAGCUGAGUUCAGUAGAUCUGCUUUAUUAAACCCCAAACCUGCUGCUGAAGAGCUGCUGCUCGACCAGAGUCUGUCUCCGGAGAAACUGAAAAUCAUCUCUGGAACAGAGGAUCUACACGAGGUGACGUCACUGGAGAUGUGUGUGGACACCCGAGAGGAGACUCUGGACAACUUCGGAAUCUACUUGCCCAAACUCACACAGCUGAAGAUGAACAACAGUCUGCUCUCAUCUGUGCGGGAUCUGGGAACCAGUCUCUCUCUCCUGCAGGUCUUAUGUGUGGCUCGAUGUGGUCUGACCGACCUGGAGGGCAUCUCUGCUCUUUCCUCCUUAAAGGAGCUGUAUGCGGCGUUCAACAGCAUCUCAGACCUGAGUCCAGUCAGUUUGCUGGAGGAUCUGGAGCUGCUGGAUCUGGAGGAGAACGAGGUUGAAGAUCCGGCUCAGUUGUGGUAUUUGGGCCGCUGUGUGAAGCUCAGGACUCUUUCACUGGAAGGAAACCCUGUGUGCACCCGCCCCGCUCCAGGAGCCUCUGAGGACUCGGGCUCCAGCUUCAGGGCUGCGGUGCGAGAGCUGAUCCCGCAGCUGAUCUUCCUCGAUGAUGUUCCUGUUGAAGAGGACACAGCUCCACGCUGCAGAGCUUCACUGCAGGACUGGACUCUUCUCAGAGAAUCCAUCAGAGACGCUUCGCUCACAGAUGCAGACAGACAGCAGCGUCUGGAGACGGACUCAGCAGCACUCGAGGUGUUUCAGAAGCAGAGACCUGCUUCAGCCCGGCCUGGAGAUCUGAGGGUCUCCUCCACGAGUCUCUCCAGACCUCUCACUUCCUGCAGCGGAUCAAGACCAGCAUCGACCCGCUCCGACAUCGCCGUCCUGAACCACGAGGCCAGUGAUCUGACGAACGGUGUCGGUCGAGUUCUCUGUGGGAAUCCACUACAAGCUGCUCGAGCUCGGAGACAGAAAAUAAAGCUCCAAAACUCUGUGUCUCAAACUCGUCCCAGCACACGGAGCAGCUUCACUCCUGAACACACGCUUGAGCUUGAAGAGAGCAGCAGCCGCGAUCACAGAGAUGUUUUUACUCAACUCAGAAGCUGGAGGAUUGAGCACAACAAACGUCUGCUGGUUAUUGAGGAGCAGCAGCCGCAGGUGAUGAAGAUCCACCACAGCGAUGAUGAAGAUGAUGAUGAAGGCAGUCACAGCCAUAGUUUCAGCAGCGAUGACAUCACUAGAGACACGAGCUCUCCUGAUUGGUCCGUUCAGUGUCCCUCAGCAGAGACGCUGAGACUCAGCUCUUCAUCAGGCUGUUCGAUGUCUCCCUCUCCUCCACCCAGAGCAGCAGCAGCGCCCCCUGCUGGCCGGAGGAUCACUCAAAUCCGCUCGCGGAGACUCAGAGCUCAUAAUGCAGAGCUCAGUAAAGCCAGAGCAUCAGAGGAGACUCAUGGGACUGAGAGCAUCAUGACUGUAAGAUCUCAGACUGCGUGUCCUCAAAUCAUCCACAAACCUCACAGACCCUCCAGCAGUCCUCUUAGAGCACAAUGGUCAGAAGCUACUGAAGAUCCUCAACACUCAGACACCCAACAUAAACCAGUAAUAGUCUCUGAAAAACUGACGCCCAGACGUCCACAAACAGCCAGAGCUGCACUGCAGAGACUUCCAGACCAAAAACACCUGCCUGAAGUGAUGCAUUGUGGGUCAGAUUAGAUCAUACAUCUUCACUGCAGGUCCACACACUUUCAGAAACACUUUAAAGUUGUCACUGAAUCACUGUUUGGGCGCUGUUUGUCUCUUCUUUAUUUUAGAAGUAGUUCAGGUUUGAUUGACAGGAGAGUCUCAGCA